AUGGGGCCUCACCGCAAGAACUGGCUGGUGCUUGUGCCCAUAUUAGUUUUUGGCAUUCUUCGAAAUUGUGCUGCGUAUCCGACAAGUGAGGAUUCCAUUGGUAACUACAACCAUCAAAAAUUGGUGCAGAUUAAUGGGAACAAUCCAAUUCACGUCAGAAGAGUUAUUGAAGAUGAUGAUAGAAAACUCGACUAUCGCUUGCCAAAUUUUGUUGUGCCUGAAAAGUACGAAAUUCUUAUUUCACCGAAUCUGGAUGGAGAUGCAUUCGCGCUAGACGGAUCUGUGCUAAUUCAAGCUCGCGUUUUUGAGGAAACAGACAGAAUUGUGCUACAUGUUGGAAAAAUCAAUGUGAAAUUAGCUAGUGUGACGGAAGCUGAUCCGAAGUUUCUUGAUGACACAGAUCGGAAGUUUCCUGCUCUAGUUAAUUUAACUUAUGAAGAGAAAACCGAGAAAUUUUCGCUCAUUUUGGACAGUUCGAUUCCUAAGGAUUCAGCCAUUCUUAUCGCUAUUCAGUACAAUGGGACAUUGAUGGAUAAUAUGCUCGGAUUUUACAAAAGCUCGUAUUUUGAUAAGGAGGGCAAUCUCAACUGGAUAGCCGCUACACAAUUCCAAACGACGCAUGCACGACACGCAUUCCCAUGCUUUGAUGAGCCACAUUUGAAGGCCAAAUUUGACAUCAAAAUUUCGCAUCAAUCGUCGCUACAGAGUUUGAGCAAUAUGCCGCAAAGUCAGAAUAAGCCCGUUGGGAAUUUAACUUGGGACGUCUAUGAAACUAGCGUACCAAUGUCCACAUACUUAGUGGCAUUCAUGGUAUUCAAUUUCACAUCGGUAUCGAAUAAAGAUGGAAAUUUCAAUGUUUGGGCAAGAUCUGAGGCUAUUGAUGAGGCAAACUAUGCUCUCCAAAUCGGGCAAAGAUCAAUCGAUUACUUCUCUAAUUUAUUCAAUGAAAGUUAUCAAUUGAGGAAAAUGGAUAUGGUUGCUGUACCGGAUUUUUCAGCAGGUGCAAUGGAAAAUUGGGGUCUAAUCACUUACAGGGAAUCGCGAUUACUGUACGAUCCCAGGAAAUCGUCAGAUGCUGCUCAACAGAGUGUAGCAUCCGUAAUUGUACAUGAGUGUGCUCACAUGUGGUUUGGAAACUUGGUAACACCUGAGUGGUGGGGAUACUUGUGGCUCAGUGAAGCAUUUGCCAGAUAUUAUCAGUACUUUGCCACCGCCAAGAUGGAGCCGAGUUGGAAAAUGGAACAGCAGUUCGUGGUGGAGCAACUUCAAACGGUUUUUGCCACUGAUUCUCUGGAUUCUUCUAAGCCUUUGUCCCGACAAGUUGAGAGCCAGGCGGAAAUAGGAACUACGGGAGAUACUAUCACGUAUUCCAAAGGGGCGAGCAUUGUUCGGAUGAUGGAUCUGUCAUUCGGAUCUUCUGAAUUCAAUUCUGGACUACAAGAGUAUUUGAAAUCAAAUAAAUAUAAGUCAACAAAUCCUGACCAUCUUUGGACUGCACUCGCGAAAAAAGUAAGCGCUGAAGGGAUCGGUCUCAACGAACCACUGAAAAAUGCCAUGGAUACCUGGACAAAACAGUCGGGCUAUCCGAAUGUACAUGUCACAGUGAGCAAUGGUUCAUUAUCAUUAACUCAAAAACGCUUCUUCAUUCGUAAUCCGAAGAACACUGCCACCAACGUCACAUGGUCGAUUCCAUUGUCAUGGACAACGCGUAGUGAACGCAAUUUCCAAUCAACGAAACCUAAAUAUUGGUUUAAAACUGAAAACGAAACCGUCGAUGUAGGAAGUAAACUGGACGAAUGGGUGAUAGUUAACGUACAGCAGAGCGGGUUCUAUCGAGUUAAUUACGACGAGGUAGCCUGGUAUCGUAUUAUUGAUGCUUUGAAAAGCCAGAACUUCGAGGAAAUCCAUGAACUUAAUCGAGCGGCUCUUGUUGAUGAUUUGUUAAAUCUCGCGAGAGCUGGAGAUUUGAACUAUAAGGUUGCAUUUGAUGGACUCGAGUAUAUUAAAAAUGAAACCAAUUAUCUACCACUUAAAUCGGCUCUCAAUGGUUUUGACUAUCUUCAUAACCGUUUUGCUGGUGGAGAACACGAGGGUUUUUUGAAGUUGGGAUUUGAAGAUCGGUCCACCGAUGAUCGAUUGACAAUUUUAUUGAGAGCGGAGUUGAAUACUUUGGCGUGCAAGUUGGAUGACGAAUUGUGUGUAAAAAAAUCGCAGGAGUACUUUUCAUCAUGGAGAAAGAAUGAUACAGAAAUAAUUCCAAAGAAUCACAUAUCAGCCAUCUAUUGUUCAGCAGUAAGACAUGGAACAUUUGAAGAUUGGGAGGCAUUACAUGAUAAAUACGUUAAUUCUCACUGUGCAGUGGAGCAAAUCGUAAUUUUGAAUGCUCUGGCAUGUACACAGAAUAAGACAACAUUGGAAACAUAUCUACUUUCUGCAAUUACUAAAUACAUACAAUCUCGCAUUCGCAAGCAGGACAGUAGAACGAUUUUCAAUGCAGUCUCCAGUUCAAGUUUGGUUGGAGCUGAAUAUAUUCUGGAGUUUGUUACAAAAUACCAUGCGAAAAUGGUAGAAUAUUAUGGGAACAAUGAUGCUAUUGCUAGUAUCUUAUCAGCUGCAUCUCAACGUUUUUCGACAAAGAAACUCAUCGAUAACUUUGAAAGUUUCGUAAGAGCAAGUGGCAAUAUCUUGGUAUCUGUUCAAGAAUCUCUAGACCAGUCACUUGAACUUACAAAGUACGAACUAAAGUGGUACAAUGAGAAAUCCGCAGCCAUAGUCGAUUGGAUCACUGCUUACAAUGCGAGACAGGAGGAGGGAAAGAAUCCCUCUAUUGAUGGGAAUAAUUAUAUAUUACCCAAGAGCAUUAUUCCUCAAAGUUAUAUCAUCAAGGUCACACCUUAUAUUACUCCUGGAAACUUCACAUUUGAUGGAUUUGUUAGCAUUACCACUCUAGUUGUGGAAAAAACUGACAAAGUUGUUCUCCAUAUUCAUGAAAUCAACAUCCGUAAUAUUACUCUAUGCGUUAAUGGCGCUGAGCUGAAUAUAAAUGGCAGCAAUGAAUUGAAAAAAUAUCAAUUAUUGGUAUUGACGCUCGAGAAACCCUUAGCGACGGCAUCACCGUUGAUCAUUGAAAUUUCAUAUACUGGAAUUUUGAAUACGAUUAUGAAAGGAUUCUACAGGAGUUCCUACAUCGAUGCGAAUAAUAAUACUAGAUGGUUGGCAGCAACUCAUCUGGAACCCGUAGGCGCCAGGAAAAUGUUCCCGUGUUUCGAUGAACCCGCUCUGAAAGCAACAUUCCAACUAAGUGUGAGUAGACCGGCAGGUUAUAAAGCUCUUAGCAAUACACCACAAAGAAUCGAGGUUGCCGAUGGUAACCGAAUGUUGGUCACUUUCGAAGAAACCCCCAUAAUGUCAACGUAUUUAUUGGCUCUAGUUGUGUCAGAUUUUGAAAAUACUAACGUCGUUUUACGAUAUGAAGCUUGGGCUAGGCCGAACGCGAUAGAACAUGCAAAAUACGCAGCUACAGUGAUGCCUCCAGUUGUAGAAUUCUUCGAGAAAUCUCUGAAGAUUCCCUAUCAACUGAGUAAGCUCGACAUGGUUGCACUGCCAGAUUUUAGCUCUGGUGCUAUGGAAAAUUGGGGUCUCAUCACUUACCGAGAAUCCAACAUGCUUUAUGAUGAUCAAUACUCACCCAUAAACUCCAAGCAGGCGAUUAUCAAUGUAAUUGCUCAUGAAAUAGCUCAUCAGUGGUUUGGUAAUCUUGUUAGUCCGGAUUGGUGGAAGUAUCUGUGGCUUAAUGAAGGAUUUGCACGGUACUAUCAGUAUCACACAACGGCUAAGAUUGAACCAACUUGGGGAUUGGAAUCGCAAUUUGUGGUUGAACAGGUGCAUUCGGCCUUUGCAACUGAUGGAUUAGCCUCUAGUCAUCCUAUGUCCCAUGAUGUUUACAGUCCAACAGAGAUUGCGGGGAUGUUCGAUACGAUUUCUUAUGGAAAAGCUGCUAGUGUUUUGAGGAUGAUGGAGAAAGUUUUUGGAAAUGAAGUGUUUUAUAAUUCUCUGCAUGAUUACCUUAUUGCCAGAUCAUACGGGAGUGCUACACCUGAAGAUCUCUUCGCAGCCUUCCAAAAGAAUUUGAAGAGAAGCAAUAUUGAGUUGGAAGAUACUGUGCAAUCUAUUAUGGAAACAUGGACGAACCAAGCAGGAUUCCCAGUGCUGACCGUCACCAUUGAUCCCAGCAAUGUAAUAAUGUUUCAAGAACGUUUCCUGCUUAGGAAUACUGAUAGAAUUCCCACCAAUCAAACCUGGUCGAUUCCGAUAACGUGGACUUCUAAAUCAAGUCCUGAUUUUGCGUCGACUACUCCUAAAUUGUGGUUUAGUGAAGCGCGUCGUAUAGUUCCGCUGCCGCAUGGUAUUGGUGACUGGGUAAUUCUCAAUGUUCAACAAGCUGGAUAUUACAGAGUAAAUUAUGAUAAUGUCUCCUGGACCCGAAUAAUCGAAGCCCUCAACAAACAAUACGACCAAAUUCCCGAAAUAAAUAGAGCCUCCAUAAUCGAUGAUCUCCUCAAUCUUGCCCGAGCCGGCUACACAAAUUACGUCACUGCCUUAUCAGCCACCGAAUAUCUCACGCAGGAAACCAAUUACAUUCCCUGGAGAGCAGCCUUCAACGGUCUCUCCUAUCUCACCAAAACAUUCGCCGGUCGUGAAAUCAACAGUUGGUACAAAAAACACAUUCAAAAAAUUCUAUCCCCCAUCUACGAAAAACUAAGCUUCAAUGAGCCAAAACCCGACACGCAUUACAACAAAUUAUUGAGAAGAUACGUGAUAAAUUGGGCCUGUGCAUUCGACCUGAAAGACUGUAUCAGUAAUUCUACAAAGCUGUUCGCUAACUGGAGAGCUAAUGGAAAAGAAUUGGUCCCUGUUAAUCUCCGCAAUACAAUUUAUUGCACCGCCAUCAAACAUGGAACGACCGAAGACUGGAAUUUCCUGUGGGAUAAAUAUAACACUGCGCCACUUGCCACUGAAAAAGUAUUGAUACUCGGUGCACUCGGGUGCUCCGAGGAUAAAGUAUUAUUGAAAAAACUAUUGAUGGCCGCAAUAACUGAAGACUCGGGCAUUCGAUUCCAAGACAGCGCCAGUGUUUUCUCUGGGGUCUACGGCUCGGGACAUGUUGGAGCCAUUUUCACAUUAGAUUUCAUUAGGGAACAUUACGUCGAUAUGUACAAGUACUAUGGCAGUUACAGCACUAUUGAAAGUAUUUUAAGUGGAGUUUCCUCCCAAUUUUCCACGGGAGAACUUGUCGCGAAGUUCGAGAAGUUUGUGAAUGAAUUUGGGGCAAAAAUUCCGGAGAUUGAAAGCUCGUUGAGGUCUUCAUUGAAACGUGCAAGGGAGGAGCUCCAAUGGUAUGACGAUCGAAGCCCCGAAAUUUUCGCGUGGUUGGGAGAGCGCUACGACACCAACGACUAUCGUCUUCCAACCACGAUGGUGCCGACUAAUUAUAAUGUAUCAAUUGAGCCCUAUUUCGAAGAACGUAAUUUCACAUUUGAUGGGGAAGUUCAGAUUACCAUGAACGUUCAACGCAGCACUUCGAUCAUUGUUCUGCAUACAAAUGGAUUGAAUGUGAGGGAUGUCAAAGUCUAUGUCAACCCGGCUGAGACUCGGGAAUAUUAUCUCAGGAAGUGGAACUCUGUAACGCACAAAUUUACGAUUUACUUGAAGAAGACUUGCAACGUUGGGUCGUCUCUCCGGGUAAAUAUGAAGUACUCAGGAGUAUUGAAUGAUAAUAUGAUGGGAUUCUAUCGAAGUUGGUACUGGGACGGCUUGGGGCAUAAACGGUGGUUGGCUUCCACACAGUUCCAGAAAGUGGGUGCGAGACAGGCGUUUCCAUGCUUUGAUGAGCCGUCGUUCAAAGCGACAUUUACGAUUAAUAUUGAGAGGCGGAAUGAGUAUAGCACGUUGAGCAAUAUGCCGUUGGAUAAGUCAGUGGCAUCUGAAAAACAAAAUAGAUCAUGGGAUACCUAUAAAGAAUCCGUGCCAAUGUCUACUUAUCUUGUUGCAUUCGUCGUCUCGGAUUUCAAAUCAGUGAAGAAUGAAAAUAAUAACUUCACCGUCUGGGCGAGGCCAAACGCAAUUCAGGAUAAAUCUUAUGCACUGGAGGUGGGACAAAAAUCUCUAGAGUUUUUGAAAAAUUACACUGGAGUGGACUAUCCCAUCGGAAAAAUGGAUCUCGUGGCGGUGCCAGAUUUCAACAGUGGAGCAAUGGAAAAUUGGGGACUCGUAACGUUUCGGGAAUAUGGCCUUCUUAUUGACUUCGCAGUGACAAGAACUUACUUCACGAGGUAUUUGAGUAUCAUAGUGAGCCAUGAAUUAACCCACAUGUGGUUUGGGAAUCUGGUGACGUGCGAUUGGUGGUCCUACAUUUGGCUGAACGAGGGAUUCGCUCAAUAUUUUGAAUGGGCCACGAUAGACGCUAGUGAACCAAAUUGGAAUAUGAUGGAGCAAUUCAUAACCCACGAGUUGCAGAGGGCAUUAUUAGAUGAUUCAUUCCCGACAAUGCGACCUAUGAACAACAAAAUGGAGACCCCAUUCGACGAGGGAGAAGGCUACGGUUCCAUCGCCUACAGCAAGUCUGCCAGUGUUAUUCACAUGAUGCAUCAAGCCUUCGGGGAGAGCAUUUUCAAAAAUGGUUUACAUUAUUACUUGGACCAAAAUAAAUAUGGCACGGGUACACCAAAUAAAUUAUGGACCGCACUUCAAAGAAGUACUAAUGAGCAUGGCGGACUGAGUAACGUUGAUCAGCCUGUUGCUAUUUUAAUGAAUUCUUGGGCUAGUCAAGCAGGGUAUCCCAUAGUUCAUGCUAGAUUAGUUAAUGGAAACCUCACUGUGGAACAGAGACGGUUCUUGCUAAAAAAAGGUGAUGCCAAUACCGCUCAAACCUGGUGGAUCCCCAUCACCCUCCAAACUUCCAAACGCGGAGUACACAAUAACGGACACCCUAUAUUUUGGUUCAAUGAAAAGAACAAAACAAUAUCGCUACCGGAUCUCGCAGACGAGUGGUUCCUCAUCAACGUCGAACAAAAAGGUUUCUACCGAGUUAAUUACGAUCCCGAUAAUUGGUCACGUAUAUUCAUAGCAUUGCAUUCCAAAAAUUUCGGUGGAAUUCACGCAAUAAAUAGAGGCCAGAUUAUCAAUGAUCUCCUGAAUCUAGCCCGGGCAGAUGCCACCGACUACGACACUGCAUUGAAAAGUACUCUCUACCUCAUGAACGAAGUGCAUAACUCACCCUGGGAAGCAUUCUUCAGUGGUAUCGCAUUCCUGUCUGAGCGUUUUGGGGGACAUGAAAUUGAUGGACUUUUCAAGAAAUACGUGUUGAGUCUCCUAGAGCUCUCGUAUAAGAAACUUGGAUUUUCGGAAAUCAAUGGUGAGGGAAUGCAGGAUAAGCUGAAUAGAGAGUUGAUAUUGCACGCCGCCUGCAAGUACAAUCACACAAAAUGUGUUGCCACAUCGAAACGUCUUUUCCACCUUUGGAAAAAAGAUUCGAAUGAAACAAUCCCCGUAAAUGCCAAGAAGGCUGUUUACUGCACGGCUCUGAAAUGGGGUAAUUACGAGGAUUGGGAGUUCCUCUGGAAGCAGUAUCUUAGCACUAAUUUGGAGGCUGAGAAGGUCACGAUUUUACAAGCACUGGGAUGCACCAGAGAUCCAAAAGCACUCGAUGAAUACUUCAAAGCUGCUUUAUCGGAAAAUAGUGCAGUACGUGAUCAAAAUAUUUAUACAGUGUACUCAUCCGUAUACUCAGCUGAUAGUUACGGAGUCAAUGCAACUCUCGAAUAUCUCAUCAGCAAUUAUGAUGCCAUUCGUAAGGGAUAUGGUGGUUGGGGAACUGUAACUAAUCUAUUUAACGCAGUUGCAUUGCGAAUUUCCACGCAAGAGGGAAUAGAUAGGCUGGAGAAGUUCAUUAAUGCGAAGUCAGGUGAACUUAAGCAUAUCUUGAGUUCACUCAAAGCAUCGCUGAAUGAAGCGAAGAAAAAUUGGGAGUGGUUCUCGAUUCACAAGGGACUUAUUCAAUUCUGGUUAAAGAAUCCACCUGUUAUAACACUUCCGGAAAAAGUGGAUGAAAAUGAUACGGACAUUACAAGUGGCAUGCAACCUAUUGUAGGGGUGGUAGUUGGUGCAGUUGCCGCAGUUGUGGCAACUUCCUUAUUUUUCCUUUGCCUCAUGACUUGUCGUAAAUGCCGUAAGAGGAGAGGUAAUGAUGGAGCAUAGUAAGUACUUAUAAGUAAAGAACGAAUUAUUUUUCUUAGACAUAAAAAAAAUUUGU